GAGGAGUGGUGAUUUCAUAGACUAAAAUGGUUAACGCAUCUGUGGCGUAAAUUACUGAUGUCAUCGCCUUGAUGAUCAUUCAUCGUUAUUUUCCAGUACAGUGAAGUGAUGUUUAUUUAAUUGUUACACUUUGUUUCGUUACUCAAUUUUAGUAAAAUUGUGUAUAAAAGAUUCCGAUCGUUGCUAUUAUUUCGGAGCUUUAUGGCUCAAGGAUAUUGCGGUGAGACCAUGUGAACAUAAUUAAAUAAAAGGAAAAUAGUUCGGGAAUAGUGAAAUCAGUGUGUAGUACCAUGUCAGGUACAGAGCAGAAUAUAGUGAACUCAAUGCAGCAAUUAUCUGUGCAACCCAAUAUAAGUGGCCCUACUGAGAAACCUACGCAAGUUGUUACACCUGCUGUGAACAGGAGUCAGCAGGCCGCAGCAGCCAAGGUAACCCCUGUAAAAAUAAACACUGUGUCCCCAGCAAUAGCCACGAUAGACCGGUUAUUGAGUCUGGGAGCCAACGUCCCACCCCCACCCCCAGUCAUCACACGGCAGUCAGACAUGGACCCACACACUGUAGAACAGCUUCGUGCUGUCAAAGAGCUGCUCACAGCACAAGAGGAAGAAGCACAGAACCUUAGAGACAUCAACCAUGAACUACGAGAAAGAUUAGAAGAAUGUGAAACAAAAAUAAAAAAGUUGUCUGAACAGAAUGAAGAAUACGCGGAAAAGGAAAAAGCUCUCUCUCAGCGAGUUGCUGAAAAAGUAAGAAAUAAUAAACAAAUGAGUGUAGUCAUGGAGGAAUAUGAGCGCACUAUAUCUUCUCUUAUUGGAGAACGGGAGGCAGAAGGGAAGAGAUGGACUGAUGAGCGAUCCACCUUGGUGAGAGAGCGCGAUGAAGCUGCAGCGCAUCUAGCCUCUAUGGAACAUGCAUUCAAUGAUGUGCACACCAAAUAUGAGAGGUGUAAGGUAAUCAUUCAAGGAUAUAAAAGUAAUGAGGAAAUGUUAAAGAGAACUGUUGAGGAGAACAAUGAUGCUAUACAGAAGUUAGAAGCAAGAUAUGAAACCCUCCGACAGCAUGCCAUGCAGCAGCUUAACAAGGCCAAUGCAGAACUAGAUUCAGUGAAGAAAGCUCAUCAAGCUGAGAUUCUAAAACUAAAUGCUAUGCUUAAGAAGAGUGAAGUACAUGCAUCCUCCUUGCAGGAGUCACUGGCACAGAAGAUUAAGGAUAAUGAGGAGCUCACAGCUAUCUGUGAUGAGUUGAUUAAUAAGUAUGUAGUGUAA